AUGGACAGAGGAGCGCGUCGAUAUUUGAUGCUCUUAGCAGUGCUUGUUGGCUUCCUGGUCAUGAGCGAUGGCAAAAAAUCAAAAUCGCGAUUUAGCAAUAUCAAGUGCGAGACUUACAACAAAACUUUUGCCGAUUUUGAGACCUGCAAACUUAAAUUGUUGGGCAGAGGCAUCAUUGGCGUUCAGGUACAUCUCAAAUUGUAUAUUUUACCCAUCGAUACUGUAUCGGCCAACUUGAGCAUAUGGCGUCGUUACAAUAGCUUUCAGCCUUUUUUGCAUAAUUCCACCAUCGAUUUUUGCAAGUUUGUAAAACAAACCAAGAAGCUUUCAUUUGAGAAACUUGUUCUCGACGCCAUUUCUUCGCGCUCCAAUCUUAAUCACUCUUGUCCUUAUACGCAUGAUAUCAUUGUGGACAAUCUGGUGUUUAGCGAUACAUUCUUGCAGACGCUGCCCUUGCCCCAAGGCGAAUACAAGAUUCAGAUGUUAUUCGCCACCGAAAAUAUUUGGAGAGUACGCGUGGACAUUUUCAUAUUACGAGAUGAAUAA